AUGGCACCACUAACUCUGCAAGAGCGGAAGCUCUCGCUCGACGAGGUCGAAGAUAUGCAGCCGAGCCCGGGAACGUAUGCGGCCAUCAUGGCCACGCACAAGCCUAACCCACGCGGGCCCGGGUACUUGAAGCUGUAUGCACUUGCCUCCGUCAUCUUCCUUUGCUCCACCAUGAAUGGCUUUGACAGCGCCCUGAUGGGCUCCAUCAAUGCUCUCCCCAACUAUACCAGCUACUUUGGGCUUCCUGAGACAGGAAAUGCGAGUGCAGGUCUCGUCUUUUGCAUCUUCCAGAUGUCGGACUGGUACGGACGCACGUGGCACAUCUUCUUUGGGAGUCUCGGUGUCUGCAUAGGAACGAUUGUCACGUCGCUCUCAUCCUCUCUCCCCAUGCUCAUCGGCGGCCGCUUCAUCCUGUCCUUUUCCGCGACUUGCGCCCAUACCGCCGCGCCGCUAUACUUGGUGGAGAUUGCGCCGGCAGCGUACCGCGGCACGGUCGCGGGCUUAUACAAUACCUUCUACUAUGUGGGUUCCAUCUUGGCGACGGCCAGUGUCUAUGCUUGCCACAAGCACUUGAGCGACCGUGGCAAUCUGGAUUGGAAGAUCCCGUUGUGGCUCCAAAUGGUCUGCCCUGGGAUCGUUUGUCUUGUCAUCAAGACAUUCCCUGAGUCUCCCCGCUGGCUCGUCGCCAAAGACCGGCAUGAGGAGGCCAAGGCGAUCCUGUCCAAAUAUCAUGCCAAUGGCGACCAACAUCACCCCUUGGUCAAGCUUCAAAUGUCGGAAAUGAUUGCCUCCAUGGACGGCAAGCCCCUGACCUGGAAGGAUCUGUUUGAUCUGCGAGUGCUGUUCGAGUCUCGAUCCAGCCGGUACCGCAUCAUGCUCAACAUCACAUUCAGCUGGUUUGGGCAGUUUAGUGGUAAUAACAUCGUUUCGUACUAUCUCCCCAUCAUGCUCAAGGGCAUCGGCAUAACCAGCACAGACACGGCUUUGAUCCUCAACAUUGUGUACUCGGUUGUCGGAUGGGUGUUUGCAUCAGCUGGGUCCCGCUUCCACGACGUCGUCGGUCGCCGCAAGAUGCUCAUUGGGAGCACGUGCGGCAUGACGGUCUGCUUGGCCGUCGUGGCGGGCUGUGCCGCUGGGUAUACCGACUACAAGAACGAAACCGCCUCAACAGUCACCAUUGUCUUUAUAUUCCUCUUCGGGGCCAUCUUCUCGGCGGGCUUCACACCCAUGCAGCCCAUCUACCCCGCCGAGGUCGUCAGCAACAAGAUGCGCGCAAAGUCCAUGGGCGUCUUCAAGCUCACUGCCGGGGCUGCCGGCUUCCUCAACACCUUUGUGGGCCCGAUAGCGCUGUCAAAUAUUGGGUACUGGUUUUACGUCUUCUUUGUCGGCUGGGACUCUCUCGAGGUGGUCUUCAUGUACCUGUUCUUCGUGGAGACCAAGGGCAUGACGUUGGAGGUGCUUGAUGUCAUUUUCGAGGCGCCAAAUCCUCGCAAGGAGAGCUUGAGGGUUAAGAGGCUGCAGACGAGCGUUCAAAACGAAGCGAAUGCGCCCCAGGCGGCGGCGUAG